GGCCUCGCGAGGGUUGGGGCGGUGCGCUUCCGGAGGGCGUCACAGGGGUCGGGUGGUGGGGUCCGGGUGCCGGCCUAGGGGCGGAGCUGGGAGAUGGCGUUCGGAGCGGCUCGCCGGCUGGCUUUGGCAUCCGUCCGAUUCGGGGCUUUCCGGAACGGACCGAGCUUGAGGAAAGGUGGCGAUGUCUCCGCCGGAGCGGGUGGCUCAGGCCGGAGCCUGGUACCGUCGAGGUCAGUCAUCGUUACUCGCAGCGGCGCCAUUUUGCCCAAACCGGUGAAAAUGUCCUUUGGCCUUCUCCGUGUGUUCUCCAUUGUGAUCCCCUUUCUCUAUGUCGGGACGCUCAUUAGCAAGAACUUUGCCGCUCUACUUGAGGAGCACGACAUUUUUGUUCCAGAGGAUGAUGACGACGAUGACUAACAGGACACGGAGGAGGUACAGAAAGGAGACAGCCCUAACUUAAUUACGAUGGUGAUGCUCACAGCCUCUCCUGCUUCCCUAUCAGAAGGGCCCAGGGAAAGCCCUCAGCCUCCCAACACCGGUGAAGCCUCCUGCACCAUCUGUGACCAUAGCCCAGAUCCCCAGGCUCUGGGAGGUUCCCAGAAAUGUGCCGUCCACUGAGCACAAUCAGCUUAUGAAUAAACAUGAUAAACAUCA